AUGUGCAGGUUCCCUCUAUUUUUGCUGUUUCUGAGUGAGUUCUUUACAACUGCCAUACUAGAGACACCUCAACAGAUUGUGACAAAAUACAGCAAUUAUAAGGCGAUCUGUAGUGGACUUGGAUAUAGAGAUACAACAUGCCAAAGCAAAGGAAUUGCAUUUCAAGCUGUGCUUAUCAAGAGUAUAACAAGUCUUGGGGCACAAAAGCCGGUAAUAUUUGAAAAGAUGACACUAAAUGAAGGUUUGGGUUAUGAUGCUACAACAGGAAAAUUUACAGCUCCGGAGGACGGGAUAUACUCCUUCAGCUGGAAUGUUUUAGUUCUUUCAGGAAAAGCGUUUCACACAGAGAUUGUCAAGGAUGGUAAAAUGGUCGCCCGAAAUUACGCCGACGGGAAAAUAGUUAAGAGUGGUUUGUACCUAGCAAGUUCCUCCACAGUAAAUAUCAAGUUGAAAUCCAAAGAGAAAGUAUGGAUCAGAGUUCAUUUAAAUUUUGGUGAAUACGUGUAUGGUAAUCACUGGUCUUACUUUUCUGGUUUUAGGAUAAACUGAUCAAUUUUUAAUCACAUUCAACGCACCAUGAAAUGUAAAUUAUUUUCUU